AAGGGAAUCAUUGGAUUCAGCUCCUGGCCAAGAUGUCGCUCUCCAAGAGGGAACUGGACGAGCUGAAGCCCUGGAUUGAGAAGACAGUGAAAAGAGUCCUGGGCUUCUCAGAGCCCACCGUGGUCACCGCAGCCCUCAACUGCGUGGGGAAGGGCAUGGACAAAAAGAAAGCUGCUGAUCACCUCAAACCCUUCCUGGACGACUCCACCCUGCGUUUUGUGGACAAGCUCUUUGAGGCAGUGGAGGAAGGGAGAAGCUCCAGACACUCCAAAUCCAACAGCGACCGGAACCGAAAGCGAGAGCUGAAGGAUGUGUUUGGUGAUGACUCUGAGGUAUCCAAGGAAUCUUCUGGGGUCAAGAAGCGGCGCAUCCCACGGUUCGAGGAGGUGGAGGAUGAGCCUGAGGUCAUUCCAGGCCCGCCCUCAGAGAGCCCUGGGAUGUUGACCAAGCUACAGAUCAAACAGAUGAUGGAAGCAGCCACCCGGCAGAUCGAAGAGAGGAAAAAGCAGUUGAGUUUCAUCAAUCCCCCCACACCACAGCCCAAAAUUUCUUCUUCAUCCCAAUCGGAACGUCUCCCCAUCGGCAACACCAUCCAGCCCUCUCAGGCAGCCACCUUCAUGAACGAUGCCAUUGAGAAGGCCAGGAAAGCUGCAGAGCUGCAGGCCAGGAUCCAGGCUCAGCUGGCCCUCAAACCAGGGCUCAUUGGCAACGCCAACAUGGUGGGACUGGCCAACCUGCACGCCAUGGGCAUCGCGCCGCCGAAAGUGGAGCUGAAGGAUCAGACCAAGCCCACGCCGCUGAUUUUGGAUGAGCAAGGGCGAACGGUUGAUGCCACUGGUAAAGAGAUUGAGUUGACUCACCGCAUGCCCACCCUCAAGGCAAACAUCAGAGCUGUGAAGAGAGAGCAGUUCAAACAGCAGCUGAAAGAAAAACCCUCAGAAGAUAUGGAGUCGAACACUUACUUUGACCCCCGGGUCUCCAUAACCCCAGCCCAGCGUCAGAAACGCACCUUUAAAUUCCAUGAAAAAGGGAAAUUUGAGAAAAUUGCCCAGAGGUUACGCACGAAGGCUCAACUAGAAAAGCUGCAGGCUGAGAUCUCACAGGCUGCCAGGAAGACAGGGAUACACACUUCCACCAAGUUGGCCCUUAUCACCCCAAAAAAGGAGCUGAAAGAAGGAGAGAUCCCUGAGAUAGAGUGGUGGGACUCCUACAUCAUCCCCAACGGCCUCGACUUAAAAGGUGGAACGUCUUCCAAGAGAGAAGAGUACUUUGGGAUCACAAACCUCGUGGAGCACCCAGCACAGCUCAACCCACCAGUGGACAGUGACACACCAGUGACCCUGGGAGUUUAUUUAACUAAGAAAGAGCAGAAGAAAUUACGGCGACAGACUCGGCGAGAAGCCCAGAAGGAGCUACAAGAGAAAGUCAGGCUGGGCCUGAUGCCACCUCCAGAGCCCAAAGUGAGAAUUUCCAACUUGAUGCGAGUGCUGGGGACUGAAGCUGUGCAGGACCCCACCAAAGUCGAAGCUCACGUUCGAGCACAGAUGGCAAAGAGGCAGAAAGCUCACGAAGAAGCAAAUGCUGCCAGAAAGCUCACAGCAGAGCAACGAAAAGCCAAGAAGGUGAAAAAGCUGAAAGAAGACGUUUCCCAGGGAGUUCACAUAGCUGUGUACAGGGUCAGAAACUUGAGCAAUCCAGCAAAAAAAUUCAAAAUCGAGGCCAACGCUGGCCAGCUCUACCUAACAGGAGUGGUGGUUUUACACAAAGAUGUCAACGUGGUCGUGGUAGAAGGAGGCCCCAAAGCACAGAAGAAAUUCAAACGUCUUAUGCUUCACCGAAUAAAAUGGGACGAGCAAACAUCAAACACAAAGGGCGAGGAUGAUGAUGAGUCCGACGAGGAGUCUGUUAAGAAAACAAACAAAUGCUCUCUGGUUUGGGAGGGCACAGCGAAGGAUCGGAGCUUCGGCGAGAUGAAAUUUAAGCAGUGCCCCACGGAGAACAUGGCACGGGAGCACUUUAAGAAGCACGGGGCCGAGCACUACUGGGACCUGGCCCUCAGCGAGUCCGUGCUGGAGUCCACAGACUGAGGCGAGGGGGCUGC